AUGGCGGCUGCUCCUCGUCUCCCCGUCCGAGCGGUGAACCUCGGCGGGUGGCUGGUGACGGAGGGCUGGAUCCUGCCGUCUCUCUUCGACGGCAUCCCCAACCACGAUCUCCUGGACGGCACGCAGCUGCAGUUCAAGUCGGUAACGCAGAACGCCUACGUGGCCGCGGAGAAUGGCGGCGGUGCGGGGCUGGUGGAGAACCGGCCUCAGGCGUCUGGUUGGGAGACCUUCAAGCUGUGGCGGAUCAACGAGGUGACAUUCAAUUUCAAAGUGUUUGGCAACCAGUUCGUGGGCGUCCAGAGCGACGGCUCGCUGGUCGCGACGGCGGCUGUGCCGAGGCGGCCAGAGAGGUUCCGGCUAGUUCGCAGCCCCAGCGACCAGUACAGGAUGCGGAUCAUGGCGCCGAACGGACUCUUCUUGGAGAUAAUGGAGAUUUAUGGGGUAGUUACGGGCGGGGACUACCAACACUAUCAAAUGUGA